CGAGGUUUAGCUGUACAAGACAAAAGAAAACGUUAAACGAAAACAAAAGCUGGACUCCUUGGACUCCUGUCCAGUUUUUCCUUAUAUCUAAGGGUAGGAAUUUGUUUUUAUCUACCGAAUUUGAUUUAUGCGCUGCUUUCCCACGAAAUGUAAAUAAGGAAGAGCGUGAAAUCAAGUAAGUUACCUCAUGAAAGAACAGAUUGUCAAAGAGUUUAUUAGAGCGAAAUUAUUUUCUGUUACCUUGUAAACGAGCUACUAGUUACAGUCAGUGUAAACUAGCGGUUAACUUGUAUAUGAAGGAUCGCUCUUCCGGAAAUUAGUUUUUGGACGUGACAGUUGCAGUUUAAGGUCAUUCGUGCGCGCUCACCUUUCGUAUCUUUUUUUUUUUUAAAGAAAGAUACUGUAUUUCAUCUCAGUUGGAUAUGUUUCAUGGUGGUAAAAAUAAAUGAACAAAAUAACGACACUGGGCAUAGAAAAGAUUAAAACCAGGUUUUAAUUUUAAAAGCGAAAACAGUGGAAUCGGAAAUGAACGGGUUUCAGUCCAGUCCAGCGGAUUGUCCGGCUGGAAGCGUCUGCUCUAUUGAAGGCUUGCCUCCGUUACCUAAAGGGCUGAGCGGUAUCCUGAACUCGAGCGGAGGAUCCUGGAGGGACAUCGAGAAGGUCUACAGCAAGAGGACGCGCAUACAGGCGGACAUCAGCAAGUCCAGAGUGAGCGACUGUCCUGACCGCAGUAAACCAGCGAGCCUUGACGCAGCGCUGGCCGUGCUGCGCAAAGAGAUGGUUGGACUUCGACAGUUAGACAUGUCACUCCUGUGUCAGUUGUGGUCUCUAUAUGAGUCCAUACAGGAAUACAAAGGAGCUUUUCAGGACAUCUCUUCUUCCCUGUGCGAGAGCUCCUUCAACACCGAAAAUGGUUAUUCUGAAGAUGAAGAGGAGGAAGAUGAAGAUGAACAUGAAAGAGAGAGUGGGGAGACGCUGUUGUCCCUUCCUCAGCCCACUCAAAACUCUCGAGACCAGUGGAUCAAAGACUCCUUCCACAUCCCCAUUUAAUUGAAGCAUGUGCUCUAUCACCUGCAGUGUGGGUCUCGGUAUAGAUUCUGUAAGCAUCUAAAUGAAACAAGGCCUUUAUUUUUGUAGGAUACUAUUACAAUGGUGAUUGUAAGGUUGUUUCAAAGGAACUAUGAAAAACUGUCUUUUGUGAAAACUGCUUGUGAAGUCAUAAAGACCGGAUGAGGAUUGACAGGAAGAGGAUGUUGUAACCAGAAGCAGUGUGGUCAAGGUUGUUUUUCUACAUAUGGUAAAUACAUCAAACAAAAAACAUGCCUUACACAGUAUUCUCUUUUGUGGACACAAUUUCAUUAUAUUAUGUAGAUUCAUCAGAUGUAUAUUGUCACUCAUCGCUAUAUUUUCUCGAUCACUUUGCGACACUGUUUAUUUUAUUAUACAAUAUAAUUUUUUCCACCUGUCUUUCAUCAGUAAGUUAAACACAAUGUAGAAUGUGCU